AUGAUGAUCAUCCCUUCGACAAUACGAUCCCUGCCAUUCCUAGUCGUUCUUCUUCACUUGGUAUGUUUACACCCUUUUUCUGAUUUCUUUUUUCUGGGUCCAACUUUCCAACGUCUUCAAUUUCAAAUCGGAUUAGAUCAAAGUCAAGUGACCACUUUGUGAUGAAUCACAAGUAUUACACUUUCUAGUCUAUAACAUAAUCAUCGAAGAAGUUCAUCGGGUCACUCUUUCUCUCUCUCUCUCUUUCAAAGUGUAAUAGGGAAGAAGCUAGAUAAUCUUUCUGCUGGUCUCAAAUUGGUACCAAAGUUUUGUAGUCUACAGAGUUGGCUACGAAAAAGAUAAGAACCAAGUGAUCUAAAAUGAUUUUCAAUGUAGAUCAACACAUUUUGUUGCUACUUUUUUUGACUAGAGACCUUGAACACGCGAAAAUGGAAUUUGAAUUCCAAUUCUAUUCUAUUCAAAUUGCGGGUGUCACGGAAAGAAGCGAAGAAGAAGAAGAAGAAGAAGGGAAAGCUUCUUGAAUACGGUCAAUUAUGCGUUUCCUCUCACAGAUCACAUGCGAAUCCUUCCGGCCAGCCAUCCGGGUCCGUCUCAACCGCGCCGUCUUCGAUCAGGCUUCGUCGAUCGUCCGUCAGUAGUUCUUUGAUCAUCGUCAGUCAGCUGAUGUGUUGUGUUCUUGCAGAAGGUCUCGUCGAGUAUGAAGUGCCACGUGUCAAUAUACCGGCGACGCGUCAAUGCUUCACGGAAGGAUGUGUUGAUGUAAGUGUGGAAAGGGAAACGGGAAAUACAUAGUUUCGCAACAAAAAAAAACGAGUGAGUGAAUAGGCGCACUCCUUCCGAAUGUCGUCGUUCCGGCAACCCAGUUUCGUCGCCUUCGAACCGCACUUUCCGAACAAAUUCCGGAUUCGGGUCACCGAUUUUGACUUUGUGUAAGUGGCGACGAGGGAUCACACCUGACCGUCUCUCCGUUUCUCAGAGUGACGGGACAACUCAGCGGAACCAUCACCGUGAUUCUCAGCAUUCCGAUCACUGGCACCGUCGUCGUUACAGGUUUGUCGCCCUAGAACUGGUUCUUUCGAGGACUCGAGGGGCGAAAUGUUGCAAUUCGCAUUUGAAAUUAUAUGUCUGAAGAAAAAACUAUUGUUCAGGAAGAAGUAUCGGGGUCAGCGCGGUUCUGGACUUGCAGAAGACGGUCAACGAUCAGCCGUACCUGCGGUUCAACGAAUGCAAAAUCGAGAACGGCAUCGUGACGGCCCACGUGGCAAACAUGGGACUGCUCACCGACACCGUCAACCAAAAGUUCGGAUCGAUUCUUUCGGGACAAUCGAGGAUUCAGUUGGAAGAGGCCAUUUGCGAGCACAUGAACCGACUCACUCAACUCCAUUUCUCGACAAGACUCGCACGGAUUCCACGGUCACUUUCAGCCAAAGAGCUUCUGGAGAUUAUCAUUUCGGUAUGGGAAUAGUUGGAGGACAUCCUUCAGAAUCAGACCUUUUUCAGAACAACGUGAAGAAGAACCCAACCUCUGCGGCCACCAACUUCGCCACUCUCGUUCGUCAAAAAAGAGCGGCCUCCCCUUCAGAUGACUAUUACGAUGAUAUUGAAAGAACCGAAGGAAAACCAGCCAAGACACUGCCAAAUGGUGAGAACUUUGUCCGAUUAAGAGACGCCUACAAUAUCGGUUUCAGUGAACAUUCGGAAGAUCAGUCUGUCUCGUGAGGACGUCAUCAACUUCUUCAAUAUUGUUCGUUUCUACCGUCUUUCCAACUCGAUCAUCUUUUAUUUUCUGUUUCCAGGACCGUCUCUCGCACAUUCUCAUCGACUUGACUCUUCUGGACGCCGCCUCAACAACGUCCGACUUCUCUUUGGGCAUCUCUGGCAACGUGUACAGCUCAAGAUCACGUACAUGGUUCCUGAAACUUUAUCAAUGAAACUCAGUUAUUUUCAGAAGGAACAUCUCCGUACAUCGCACCGUACCCGUUCAGAAUUCCUCAGAACAAGAAUAGAAGAAUGGUGGAAGUGAUCGUUUCGCAGUACUCUCUCAACAGUCUUCUUUUCCAGGCUCACAGGUAAAUCAGAGAGUCGGAAAGACCUGAAAAAUGUGCAUUCAGAACGAAUUCUUUGAUCUUCCACGUAGAUUCAAAGACUCCGGGAAUCGGAAACCUUCUGAAGACUUCAUGCACUUUGGACGAAGUCUGUAUCGCCGAUGAAAUCACAAAGGUUCACACACACACAACCUUCUCAUGGAUUUAUCAAAACUGAAAAGUUGCAGAUCAAGUCGGUCUACCCGAACAGAAGACUAGAACUGAUCAUCCGAUCGGCGGCUCCGCCCACGGUGACCAUCAACUACGGUAGACUAUUACAAAAGUGAUCAGAAACCAAUUCAAUUCCUUUCCAGACAUGAUGACAAUUUCUAUGAAUGGCCGCUGCAUAUUUUUCCUCGAGGGAACACGUCAGAAGAUUGGCGUCAUUCCAUUCAGCACCGUCGUACAAGUGAACAUGAAAACAGUGGCGGGAAAGUUACAAGGUACGUCGGGAAAGGCUUUUUGACUUUGUCAAUUAGUGGAUCUAUCUUUGGAGUCUGCCGGAUUGUGCUACAAAAUACAUUAUGAUAGGGAUUUCACUGUUCAGGCUCUGUCCUCAUUCAAACUCUCGACUUCUCGCAAGACGUCGACUUCCUGGGACUCUCAGUUUCCGACCUGGACGGUCUGCGACGAACCACCAAAGCCGCCCUUCAGAACUUUGUGAGCUCUGCGACGUCACAAGGAUUCACUCUCUCAACGUCAUCUAUGCAGUGAGUAGCAAGCACAUUUCCCCGUUUUCAAGCCCAUUCUCUUCCAGCUCUCCGCUCCGUCUCUUCCAUCCCGAAGUCUCAUUUCUUCCCGGCGCUCUGCUGCUCCAGGCCGACGUGGAUCUCUAUCGAUCACUUUAUUCGGCACGCAAAUCCGCCUAA